AGGUACAACCCCGAGAACCUGUCAACCUUGGAACGCUACGUGGAGACCCAGGCUAAGGAAAACGCUUAUGACCUCGAGGCCAACCUGGCAGUGCUGAAGCUGUACCAGUUCAACCCUGCCUUCUUCCAGACUGGGGUGACAGCUCAGAUCCUGCUCAAGGCUCUCACCAACCUCCCCCACACUGACUUCACCCUCUGCAAGUGCAUGAUCGACCAGGCUCAC